ACUCGCCGCCGACCUUUCAGUUCCGAUUCCGAGACGGACUCGUAAGACCCCUCGGUUCGCUCGGCAAGUGCAAACUGCAAAUCGGGUGCGCUCAAAGGCUCUCGGGCCGCAAUCCAACACUCGUUGGAGUUCGUGCCACAAACGAAUUGCAUCCCGGCAGCAACAUCGCGGCGCAGGCAACUCUGGAGCUGGUCAGGUGCCCCCGAAUAUGUCACUCUGCAUUCUGACCACUAACGCGCCGGCUGUGCAUCCGUUGUGAACCGAUCCGUAGCGAUUCGCUUCCAUUCAAUUCGAUUCGAUUCGAUCCGUUACGUCGUUACGUUGCGUGGCCAAUAAAGUGGCUAAUAUCGUGCUUAACUCCGGGAAUCAUCAUUAAUCUGCAAACAAAGUUGAGAUUAACUGUCUACUACAACAAGUCAGCAGACCCAGAUCGUGUGGCAAAGAUCUCGCCAGGUCGAGAUCUCAAAACCCAGUUUCUCAAACACAAAGAUCGUUGGUACAAUGUUGGCGCCAUCAUCUGUUCAAGUUAUCUGUUUUUUUGAGUGUGCCUCUGUCGGGCAAUAAAAGAUCGAAAGUUUGGAAACAGUGAAGAGAUCUAAAAGAGAGCAAUACAAAUAUAGAGGUAUUAAGUGCACACGUUGAAUACAUUUGGGACAUCAUCGGUCGAGCAAGUGCACUUUGUGCAUUUAGCAGCACAGAAGGACAUUGGGUAAACCCGCGGGCAAAUCCUGAACUUUGAUUGUUUUCCGAGGCAGGUGCGAUUAAAGGACGACAAAAUUGUGCGGUUAAAAAAAGUGCAGGCUCACGCUCAAGGGCAACUGGAGCAGUUCGAGCAGCAGCAGCAACAACAGCAGCAACAGCAGCAGCAGCAGCAGCAGCAGCAACAGCAUCUGCAGCAGCAACAGUUGCAACAGCAGCAGCAGCAACACUAUCACCACUACAGCGCCAAUAGCAACAACUACAAAAUGCAUUUGACUACCACAUCGAGCAAUUCAACGGCAUCCAAUGCCAAUAAUAACAACAACAAUACGGCAAACAACAACAACACAAGCAGCAACAACAACACGACCAAUACGAACGGCAGCAGCAACAACAACACGAGUGGCAACAACAACAACAGCAGCGGCAACAACAGCAACACGGAGCAAAACACACCGCCCACGCCCGCCCAACUCCUAAAUGAGGCCUACACGAAGAUGACCUCGGACAUCCUGGCGGAGCGGACGCUGGGCGACUUCCUCACCGAGCAUCCGGGCGAGCUGAUCCGCACGAGCAGUCCGCUCUUCGUCUGCACGGUGCUCCCGCCCCACUGGCGGAGCAACAAGACGCUGCCGGUGGCCUUCAAGGUCGUCUCGCUGGGCGACAUUAUGGACGGAACGAUGGUCACCGUGCGGGCGGGCAACGAUGAGAACUACUGUGCGGAGCUGCGCAACUGCACGGCGGUGAUGAAGAACCAGGUGGCCAAGUUCAAUGACCUCAGGUUCGUCGGGCGGAGCGGCAGAGGGAAAAGCUUCACGCUAACCAUCACCGUGUCAACGAAUCCACCGCACAUAGCCACCUACAACAAGGCGAUCAAAGUGACUGUCGAUGGGCCACGCGAACCCCGUUCCAAGACAAUGUUAUCCCUUUUAGGACAGCAACAGCAGUUCCACUUCGCCUUUGGCCAACGACCGUUCCAUUUCUCCACGGAUCCACUUUCUGGCUUCCGGAUGCCGCCCAUUGGCAAUUGUCAGAGUGCAAGCAACACGCACUGGGGCUACGGAUCAGCUGCCUCAGCAUAUUCACCCUAUUUGGCCAGCAGCGGAUUAUCGUCCUGCACCACGCCCACUUCCGCUCAGUUCAACAAUCCGGCCCUGGGCUUCACCUGCUCCUCUAACGAUCAGAGCAACAACCAGGACUUCGGAGGAGCCACCAAUCGCGACUGCGUGCCGAUGCUGCCCGACUCGACGGCCAGCGAUCUCGACCAGCACUUGAGCAGCCUGGUGGGCUCCACCAGUGGCCAGAUGACGCACCACAGUCUGUUGGGCGCCGGCGGCCAGACCUCAAUCUCCUCCACGGUGAACGGGGCCAGCGGGGGCGGAAGCGCGGGAGCCGGAACCGCCGGCGGUGGAGCGGGCAGCGGUGGAGGUGCUGGCGGUGGUGCGGGCGGCAACUCCAUCCUGGUGCCGCGCUACCACACAAACGCGAGCAACGAGUACAAUGUGCACUCCAGCCAGAAUGGACCGCGGAGCCUGUCGGACAGCUCGCAGGCGGAGUCGCCGGUGCAGGAGGACCUGCUGACCACCAACACACCGAACCUGGGCAGCACGGCGGGCGGUGGGGCGGCCAACGGUGGUGCGGGCUCGAAUGCGGGCAGUGGUGCGGCGGGCAGUGGUGCCGGUGGUGCUGGCGGCGCCUCCUCGGCGGUGGGCAAUCCCGCCAUGCUGGGCGCCAAUCAGAACUUCCCGGGCAUUGUCAACCAGGCGCAACACUCGGCGGCCUCGGCCUACGGCGGCGGAACCGGGGUGGUGGGCGGAGGACAUGGCAGUGCCGCUGCCGCUGCCGCCGGAUGCAAUGGCUCACUGUACCCCGUGCUGCCCGCCAGUCUGCUGUAUUCCCAGCUGUAUACCGCUGCCAAUCAGUCCGCCCACGGCUUCCACUCGCACACCUUGCCCGCCCACGCCUCGCCGAACUCCUCCGUGCACGGCGAGCUCCAGAGCGUCAUGGAUCACAUCAGCAAUGUGGGCGUGCGGCAGCAGCACAACAUAAUGGCCGGCGGGGGCGUGACCCAUCCGGGCGACCUGACCCUGAUCGGCAACUGCGGCGCCUCGGUGAGGAACAUCGAGGACGGGAACAGUAAUCGGCAGGUGGCCGCCUUAGCUGCCCAUCGCGGCCACCACAAUCCCACCGACAAUGGGGGCAGCGUUUGGAGGCCCUAUUGAGGUCAGGUUCUGUGGUGCGGCUCGGCGGUUCUAUAGUGCGAGGGGGGCGGGCCGCAGCACGAGGCGGGGAUGGGCGUGGGAAUGGGGGCGGGAGUGGGCGUGGGACUAAGCAUGGGCAUGGGUAUGGGUAUGGGUAUGGGCAUGGGCGGGGGCAUGAACUGCUUUGGGGGCUUCUAAUCUGUACAUAGUUGGGGGUCAAGGGCGAGUCCAGCUAGUUGAUUACCGAUUCGCAGCGAACCUUUCAAAGGGGAAUCAAUUGAAAAAUUCCGAUAUUAGCGAUUUUAGUAAUGAGUAUCACCGUAUUUCCGCUUGCAAGAUAUUCUCUUUACGCAAUGUGCAUUAAUGCUAUCGCAACUAUCGAUUUCAUAUCGAAAAAUCAACGAUAUUACGUGCGAAAACGGUUAUAAAAUGCUCUUUCCCUUAACUUAAAAGCGAUCGGUGAUCGAUAACUGGAAUCGCCAUACACAUAUACACUUUUAUAAAAUAUAAAUUGUAAAUAGAUGGAAAAUAAAGAUGUUAUCAGAGAUAAAGAAAAGGGUUGGAUGUCCAAAAGUGAAUAUUUUACUUUGGCAAUCCGAAGAAAGUAUUUAUCUGUAUAUAGUGUUAGCGGACGUAAAACAUUUCAUAUCCCACUAAUAGGCAUCUGAAGCAUUGUUUUUAAAACUCUAGAAGUUGUGUGUGUGUGUGUAUGUUUUUUUUUUUUUUAUAACAUUUGACCAUAAAGUAAAACGAAAAUGAUCAACAUUUAGUAGAAUUUUUCGGAGCGCUUCAAAGCCCUCCACAAUAGCGUAUAGUUAAAUAAAAAAGUCAAAACUAUAAACUAGAGUCUAAGACAGAACUAAUUAGCAAAUUUGAAGGGCAGAAAGUAUGCCCUUCCGAAAACAUUUCAGUGGAUUUGUAGAGCAUAAAACGCGCUGGAAAAAAUGUGUAUUUCAAACAGCAGUGGGUCUGUAUCGAGUUACUUUUUUUUCUUUGUAUUUCGUAUUUUGUAUUUUUUCCAGGCGCGUGGUAAGCCCGAGCCAUCAAACUAGUCAUGUUAGCUGAUAAGUCAUUACCGAGAUACAAUACCGGAAUUAAGAAAACGAAUACCAAAAAUCGAAGAAAAUACAUAGAAACUUUAAACUAGUCGUAAACACUGUGAAGCCAAAGUCAACUUGAUUUUAAGUGAUUUGUACUGUUUUUUUUUUUUUCGGUGUAAGAUAUGAGUGUUGAGAGUGGGAAAGAGUAUAAUUCUGGGGGAGAGGGGAUUUGCUUGAUGGGCGGGUCGUAGAGCCGAUGUAUGUCUGAGUUCCUAAGCCGUAAUCCAUGUUCGUGAAUUUGUUUACUGUUCAUUUCAUGUGCUUCGAUCUGCGUGUCCUUUAAAUGUGUAUAAACAUGUGCAAUCUAAGCUAACCGAAAAACAAAUAUAUACCUAUAAAUAUGCAUAUAACGAGAUAACUGUAUACUAAAUGGUAGACCGCACACCCGCAACCGCAAUCUAUGACACUUAAAAACUUAUAAUGUAAUUCUUUUUUUUGUUAGUUCAUAAGUGGUAAAACGAAAAAAAAAGAGAAGCAAAUUAAAUUCCGAAAAAAUCACUGUAAUACGCGAAUGAAAGAGGAGGGUUAAGAAAUCGGUUAGAAAUGUCCAAAAUAGCACAUUCUUUUAAUAUAUAUAUACAUAUAUAUUUAUAUAUAUAUAUAUGAAUUCACACGCUUACCAACGGAAUCGAAGUAAAAGUGUAAUUGAUGUAUACCAGAGAAAUGGGAAAUCCCAAAAGAGUUACCGAAACUAUGUGUAUAAUUUAGCCAAGAACCCGCAUAUUUAAAUAUAUAGAAAUUAAAGCAACAAUUUGUGCAAUAAAGAAUCAACAACCAAUGAGAGUUCUUUGUAAUGAAGGAAAUAAAUGUAACUGAAACAUUUUAUUUGAG